AUGUACGACCAUUCGCAGCGACGAACUGAGCGCAGAAUGGGGAGUUUUGCUGCCCGAUUGUCAAAUGCGCUGGCAGAAGAGUCCUCGAUAGACUCUGAGUCUUCUGACCGCCCCGAGGACGAUGAACCUCACGAUGAAGCACAUGAUCCCGUCAAGAAGAGACAAGCUGCGAGCGAGAAAGGCUCUCUCAAGAGACGUCCCCAGGCGCAUGCGAAUGCGGCCAACCCGUAA